UCACCUUUUCCCUGUCAACACUCUCCCCCCCUCCUACGCCGCCCCUUUCCAAGCGUGUCCGGGGCCGCAGCAGCAGAAACUGCAUCUUCUCUACCCCACAUUCUCCACGCGGGACCCGCAGCCGUGCCUACAACUGUUCUUAAAGCAGAGAUGAAUAAUACGGCAGCUAGCCCAGUGUCCACUGCUACUUCAAGUAGUGGAAGAAGUACAGGGAAGUCUGUAAGCUUUGCAGUCGAAUUGCAGAGUAUGAUGUUUUCUUUAGGAGAUGCUAGGAGGCCUCUUCAUGAAACAGCAGUUUUGGUAGAAGAUGUGGUACACACUCAGUUAAUUAAUCUGUUACAGCAAGCUGCUGAAAUUUCUCAGCUGCGUGGAGCACGGGUGAUUUCUGCUGAAGAUCUUUUGUUUCUGAUGCGCAAAGAUAAGAAAAAACUUAGAAGACUGCUAAAAUACAUGUUCUUCCGAGACUACAAAUCAAAGAUUGUCAAAGGCAUAGAUGAGGAUGAUCUUCUGGAAGACAAAUUGAGUGGCAGCAAUAAUACAAACAAAAGACAAAAAAUAGCUCAAGACUUUCUCAACUCUAUUGACCAGACAGGAGAACUCUUGGCAAUGCUUGAAGAUGAUGAAAUUGAUGAAGUUAAACAAGAGAGAAUGGAGAGAGCAGAAAGACAAACUCGAAUGAUGGACUCAGCUCAAUAUGCAGAAUUUUGCGAAAGUCGGCAAUUAAGUUUCUCCAAAAAGGCCUCCAAAUUUCGAGACUGGUUGGACUGCAGCAGUAUGGAGAUAAAACCCAAUGUUGUUGCUAUGGAGAUUUUAGCAUAUUUAGCAUAUGAAACCGUGGCACAGUUAGUAGAUCUGGCUCUUCUGGUGAGACAGGACAUGGUCACCAAGGCAGGGGACCCCUUCAGCCAUGCCAUUUCUGCAACCUUCAUUCAGUAUCACAACUCUGCUGAGGGUUCUUGCAUGAAGUCCAGUCCAGACUCCCCAGAGAACACGCCUCCCCAUACACCAACAGCUCCAUCAUCUGGAUCACAGCACUCAGGGAAAACGACAUCAGGAUCCCUAGGGAAUGGGAGCGUUGGACAAGACUCAGCUAAAACCAAGCAAAGGAAAAGAAAAAAGAGCACCGUGGCCUGUGGUGUUGAGGCUCACAGCGAUGCCCUCCAGCCCUGCCACAUCAGAGAGGCCGUUCGACGCUAUGGCCACAAGAUUGGCCCUCUUUCCCCAUUCACAAGUGCCUACCGCAGAAACGGGAUGGCUUUUCUGGCCUGCUAACGUGACUGUGACUGCAACAACAGGAAAGGCGAUGUUAUGUUAAGGUGAUUCCUUCUCCCUUCCUUGGACAAAAUAAAAUACAAGUUUACCUUCUCUGUAUCCUAGGGAGUGGGCUGGUUUGUUGUGACUUUCAACUGGCUGACUCCAGCUCUUUUCCAACCCCCUCAGUGCUUGGUCUUGUUUACUAAUGGGCUGUUUAGCUAAUUAAUGGCAGGAUGUCUGGGAUGGUGUGUAGGUGGACAAGAAGGCAGAUCACACAAUUUUGAAAUUUUAAUUUGGAAUGGAUUUACUGCCGUCAGCUCACUUAUCUUGAAAGCAGUGUCUUUCCCUCCCCCUGCCCCUUGGUGUUUAGUCUAUGUUUUAUUUGAUACAUUUUGUAAUCCAGGUUUGGGACAGAGGAAACAAAAUUAAAAGGACAGUAAGGUUUCCUCUCCCACUGCCCCAGCAACUUUAUUUUCCAACAAUUGUUGACUAUGUUUACGUGUAUUUUAGAAACAAUUAUUGUACACUUAUACUGAUCAAAGAACUAAUAGACCCAAUGAACUGCCUAUUUCCAUUCUCUGUCUCCUUCACUCAGUUUAUAGUGUAUGUAUAAUUUUUCAAUCCUUCUGCUCAACUUCCUGCAUAUCUGCCUAUCCUGUGUGUUUUUGCUCACACAGAGCCUCCUCCUCCGUCUUCAUUUCCCUCCUUUCCCUGUUCCUCUACCCCCAGGCCCUCUACGCCACGCUAUGCCCGUCAGAGGCAAAAAAUCAGAAUCAGUAGAAGGGAAGAAGCAGAGUGAUCUGCUUUCUACCCUGCCUAAGAUUGUAAAUGUAGACUGGGUAAUUUCUCGCUGGUAGCAACUGAGCUACCCUUCUGGCAUCUAUACUUUGUCUAGUAAACGAGGAACUGUAAUUGGGAACAACCCAAAAUAUAGCAGAUAUAAUUGUACAGUUCCUGAUUAAACUUGAAUUGCAGAAAAGGAAGUUAUUUCUUUAAUUCUGUAGGAGUUUUGUGUAAUUUUACUUUUAUCAUGGUUUUACACACACUGAAACAGCCUUUGUAAAGAAUUAACAAAAACAGAAAUGAGAAACAUGAAAGAUUUUCUUCUUGUGACCAAAUCAUUGGAAGUCUCAAUUAAUAGGAUUGUGCCAUAUUACUCACAUUUGUUAGCUAUCAUUUACCUGUUCUCUGUUAGUCUUUCUGGAAAAAAUCUGCAUGUCAAGAACAAAAACAUGCAGAUAUAUAGUAUUGAAAAAUUGCCAAAGGGUUUUGAUGUUCCAUCUGUGCUUGUUGAAAUGUAUGAUUAAACUUUGCUUUUUAUCAUCAUUCUUAUUUUUCUUGGCAUCCUUAAUCAUGGAAAAUUAUAAGCUUGCAGUAAACAUCCCAACUUUUAAAACAGCAGCAUUUAUUGUAUUUGGUUUCGAUCUGCCAGGCUUAUAGAUGGUAUAAAAUUUUCAGGGGUAAUUCUUCACAUCAAAAUUCCUUCUCUCCCACAUUAUACAUUUUAAAGUAUACACAGGGCAGAAAACUUAGGGUUUAGGUUUUUUUCCUUCAUUUUAUUCUACCUGAUCUCUUUAUAGUCUCAAAAAAGGAAGACUCAAUGUACAUUUCUCUCAGAAAUAUGACAGGUCUGUGUUUUUGUUGGUCUGGCAUGUGUUUGUCUGUCUUGAACAGUCUGACAGGUAAUUAUUUAUAAAAUCUGGUUUUGCCCAGUAAGUUGAAGGUAAAGUUAUUGGGCUGAAAGUGUACAGACCCCAUAAUAACAUUUUACUUUUCAUCAUAUGCCAGUGAGCUGAAUUUGGAAUAAAACAAGGUCAUUUAUGUCUAUCCUGAACCAGCCUAGAUAUCCCAUAAUUGCUCAAUAUUAAUAUUUUUAAUUCUUUUCUUUUUCCUUCUCUACAGUUAGGUUCUUUCUCUGACUGUCUCCACAACACUAAAUUUGAAGUGAAAUGAAAUUUACUUAAGCAACAAGUAUAGAAAAAGAUAUAUAGAAUGAAUGUUUUGGAAAAUGUGACUUCAGUAAAUUGCUCUCUCAAGAUUAAAAUGUUAUGUAGAAUCAUAUAAUGUUAGAGCAGAAGAUGGUCUUAGAGAUCAUUUAGAACAACUGCUUAUUUUAUAGAUUUAAAAAAAAGAAAAAAAAGGCCUAAACAGGGAAAGUGACUUUCCCAAGAUCACCCAGUAA